AUGACGAGGACGACGACGACGACGCUGCUCCUCGCGACGGGCUUGCUGCUGGCUGCUGCGGGCCUCGUCGAUGCCUCCAGGCUGUCUCUCAGCAAAGUGCCCAAAAACAUGAGCGGAUACCUCGUGACCAAAGGCAGCGGCUUUUAUUUCAAGCCGAUCUACGUCGACGAAAGAGAGAUAGCGGCCCGAUUCAACAAGACCAUUUCUAGCGGACUGUCAGGCCCGACGGGGACGACUACGACUACGACGACGACGACGACGACGUCAUCCGCGAGCGAUGAAAAUUGGAUCGACGAUAUUAUCUCGGGCUUGGCCGAAGACAGCACGGAGGAUGACGAGAACGAGAGAAACGUAGACGGGGACGGGGACGACGAUGACGACGACGACGACGACCUUUACGAGGAUUACGAGGACGAUGGCGUGUCGUGGCUGGAUCGGCGCAGAUCCACUACCUGGUUGAUGAGUAAAGCCAGAGCCCGAGGCUUUUCCUUCUUCGGAAUGGUCGAGUCGGCUGUUGGUUAUCUCGGCAAAUUCUUAGGCAACAUCAUUGGCUCGGAGGACGACGAGGAUUAUUUCUUCGAGGACGAUUUUUACGACGACGUCCAGGACAGCGGCAAAAACAGCGUCAGCUACAAAGAUCACCAGCUGAUCAGAUUGACACCCAAGACCAAGAGACAAGUCAAGUACCUCAUCGAGAUGAAGGACAACGAGCCCGACGACGUCAAGUUCUGGACCAGUCCGGCUAAGAACAAAGUUACCGAUAUGGUCGUUUCGCCGAUAAUUUUAAACGACGUCAAGAGCUUCCUCCGCGAGAAAAAGAUUGCCUACACCAUUCUGAUAUCGGAUCUGCAAAAGGCCAUAACGACUCAAAAUCCACGCAUGCCCAAGCAACGCAGGCAGGAAAUAUACUCGUCACAAGGCCACUCGAUGGAUUGGAAACGUUAUCAUCGCUACAAAGAAAUCAUGGGAUAUCUAGAUUACCUCAAAGAAAAGUAUCCUCAUCUCGUGGAAAUCGAGUCGAUCGGUAAGAGUUUCGAGGGCCGAGACUUGAUGGUGGCAAAAAUAUCGACGGGUGUGGACAAAAACGGCGAGCCGAAGCCAUCCAUUUGGAUCGAUGCAGGUAUGCACGCACGAGAGUGGAUAAGCACGGCAGUGGCAACCUAUAUUUUGAAUCAAUUAGUCGAGAAGCACGACAAUUACACUCGGCUGCUCGACGUUACGGAUUGGAUAAUAAUGCCGGUUGCCAAUCCCGAUGGCUACGAGUACACCCAUACGCACGACCGACUUUGGAGGAAAACCAGGAGCACGCACGACGCCUCGUCAGAUGGCUAUGAAAAUGCCAGACAAGCACCGGGACUGUUUCACAUGCUGAGCCAUUACACCAAGUGGCUGUUCGGCAGCUGCGAGGGCGUCGACGCCAAUCGGAACUUCAACAUUCACUGGGGCGAGGAGAAGGUCGGCGGGGCCAGCAGCGAUCCCUGCCACGACACUUACGCGGGUCCGCGCGCCUUUUCCGAGCCCGAGACUCGAGCCAUCUCCGAGUUCCUCAUGGAAAAUCGCAAGAACAUCAGGACCUACCUGACUCUGCACUCGUACUCGCAAAUGCUGCUCGUGCCGUGGGGCUUCACGCGCACGAGGCCUGCGGACUUCAACGAGCUGAUGAACAUCGCCAACAAGGCCAAGCAGGCGAUACACAAGGUGCACAAGACCGAGUACAGGGUCGGCCCGGCCGCCGAGCUCCUCUACCCGACGACAGGUUCAUCGGACGACUGGGCCAAGGCGGUGGCCGGCAUCAAGCACGCCUACACCAUGGAGCUGAGGGACCGAGGCGCCUACGGCUUUCUGCUGCCCGCCUCGCAGAUCAUGCCCACGGCCAGGGAGACCUGGGCCGGCGUCAGAGUGAUAGCGCGGAUGGGCGCCAAUUCUAGCGCCAACUGACAGCGGAAUUAAUUGCCAAGACUCUCGCGCGCGCGAGUCACGCAUCGCAGGCCUGAGAACCGAGCAGAGAUCCGUCAUUCUGAUUGUAUGCCGCGGCUAAUUCGACAACUUUUUCGCGGCCAAACUUUGACCGAUUUUUCGGAUGAUAAAAUCACUUGUGGCCUAUUUUUGCAGCGCGAGAUAAUUAGAUGGAUUUGUAAAUAAAAAUCUGUAAAAUACCUUAGUUUUUAGAGCAUUAUGAAUUAUGGACGAAUGACAGG